AUGGAAUUUCUAUCGUUGAAUGCUGCACAGUUUCCAGACUUUGCGGUAGGAAGACUGAACAUUGACAUUGAUGCGGCACUUCAAUCUGCACCUCCUUUGGAACACCAGGAUGUGUCGCCAGGUGGCGUUUGGAGUCCGAAGAGCUGCGUUGCUAGACAAUGGAUAGCAAUCAUCAUACCUUUUCGUGAUAGGCAGAAACAUUUGGACAUUUUAGUUUAUAAUCUAGUCCCGUACGGCAACAAAACCUUCAACAAAGGUCGGCUUAUGAACAUCGGGUUUACGGAAGCGCAGAAGCAUGAUGAGUUUGACUGUUUCAUCUUCCACGACGUCGAUCUCAUACCGGAAGACGACAGGAAUAUGUACACGUGCUCUGAUAACCCUCGUCAUAUGUCCCCGGCCCUGGAUAAGUUUAAUUAUACAAUGCUGUACAAGGGUCUGGUUGGUGGGGUACUCAGCUUCCGGGGUAAACAUUUCACCAAAGUGAACGGUUAUUCAAACCUUUUCUGGGGCUGGGGCGCUGAGGAUGACGAUAUGCAUAAAAGACUUUUUGCCGCGAAGUUAAGUGUUGAACGGCCCUCAAUCACUAUUGGACGGUAUAAAAUGAUAAAACACGACAGAAAAGAUGUUUCGCCAGUAAGAUUGGACCUUUUAAAAACAUCGAUAGCACGUUACUUAAAAGACGGCCUCAAUACUUUGGAGUACAAAUUGGUUGAAACCCGGCUUGAAAAGUUGUACACACGUAUAAUAGCGAAUGUGGGUGAUCCACCGAAGAAUCAGACAGAACAUCCGCUUUAAAAACACAGAAGUGCUCGAGAUAGUAUUGCCAAUAUUUUGCAUUUUUUCCCUGUACCAUUUAAGAUUGUGACCCCACUGUCAGCUAUGGUACUUUUGUGACUUUGUUUUUUGUAUUCUUACUGUCCCUUUAAAUAUUUUGACCACACUGCCAACAAUGGUACUUUUAUAGCUUUGUUCCCUGAUAUUUGACUACUGUGUCUUCAAGCAUUGUGACCUCAUUGCCACCUAUGAAAAUUUUAUAACUUUUUUCUCUGAUAUUUUCAUUACUGUGCCUUUAAACAUUGUGACCUCAU